GUAGCCGCCGCUCCACACAACCAAUUUUGUUGCUGCCCACGACGCGCGCGCCCAGCGAUGCGAUACAGAUACAUAUACAUAUAUGUUAGAUAUAGGACGAGCGGGAAAAAGUGAAUGAGAAAUCGUAAUUUUUUUGAGGGCGUCCGUGUUAUUCAUAUAUAUACACUUGUGCAACGUUAUCAAAAUCGAGGCUAACUAUGCAGCGCUAAGAACGGCAAGCGAAAGAAAAAGCAAUUGAAACAGAUUAAGUUGGGCGAUGCCAUUCGGAAUGAAAGUGAAAACGUCAGCGGAGACGAUGCCAACGAGUUGAGAAUCGCAGAGAGGAGAGCAACAGCAACGGUUAACUGCCGCCAAUAUGACGAGUUUUGGCCAUCUGGGCGUCUGCUACAGCCUCCUGCUGCUGUUAAUGCUAAGCGCCCAGCUAACUGUCGUACGCUGCAAGCGAAAGGAAAUGCUCGCUGGCCGCUUAGAGAACGUUACGCAGACGAUCUCAAAAAUCUUGCAAGGCUAUGAUAUACGGCUGCGUCCCAAUUUUGGCGGCGAGCCAUUGCACGUGGGCAUGGAUUUGACUAUAGCCAGUUUCGAUGCGAUCUCCGAAGUGAAUAUGGACUACACCAUAACAAUGUACUUGAAUCAGUAUUGGCGCGACGAGCGCCUGGCUUUCAACAUCUACGGACCGUACUAUGAUUCCGAUGCCGACGACGAUGGGGUCAAUGAUGUCCUGACGCUAUCUGGCGACUUUGCCGAGAAGAUCUGGGUGCCAGACACAUUCUUUGCCAACGACAAGAACAGCUUUCUGCAUGACGUCACCGAGCGCAAUAAGCUGGUGCGUCUUGGUGGCGAUGGCGCUGUUACCUACGGCAUGCGCUUCACCACAACACUCGCCUGCAUGAUGGAUUUGCACUACUACCCACUGGACUCACAGAACUGCACCGUGGAAAUCGAGAGCUACGGUUACACGGUCAGCGAUGUGGUCAUGUACUGGAAGCCGACGCCGGUACGCGGCGUCGAGGAUGCCGAACUGCCACAGUUUACGAUCAUUGGGUAUGAGACCAAUGAUAGAAAGGAGCGCCUGGCCACUGGGGUCUAUCAGCGGCUGUCGCUCUCCUUCAAGUUGCAGCGCAACAUUGGAUACUUUGUGUUCCAGACAUAUUUGCCCAGCAUACUGAUUGUGAUGCUAUCCUGGGUAUCAUUUUGGAUUAACCACGAGGCGACGAGCGCACGCGUUGCGCUCGGUAUCACAACGGUGCUGACCAUGACAACGAUCAGCACCGGUGUGCGGAGCUCAUUGCCUCGCAUCUCCUACGUGAAAGCCAUCGAUAUCUAUUUGGUGAUGUGUUUUGUGUUCGUCUUUGCGGCGCUACUCGAAUAUGCUGCAGUCAAUUACACGUACUGGGGCAAGCGGGCCAAGAAGAAGAUUAAAAAGCUGAAGGAUUGUGAUCGACAUAAAAUAGGUAAACUGGAGAAAUCCGAAACGUGUUCAACCACAGAAGACAUUAUUGAGCUGCAGGACGUGCGCAUGAGUCCUAUACCUUCGUUGCGCAAAGGUAACUACAAUGUAACCCUCGGCUCCAUUGGCACCGAGACCAUGGACUUGGCCAAGUUUCCGCCAAGUUUUCGCAUAACACGCAACUAUGGAACAGGUCGCAGCCAGCUGCGGCAUCGCGGCCAAAGAGCAGGCAUCUCAGCGCGUCCACGCAUGAUGCACGCCAUUAAGAAGAGCGCCUCGGCCAUUAGGGCGACAAUACCAAAAAUCAAAGAUGUUAACAUUAUCGACAAGUACUCCCGCUUGAUAUUCCCGAUUAGCUUUUGUGCUUUCAACCUUGGCUACUGGAUCUUCUACAUAUUAGAAUAAGUAGUUGCGGCUAGAAGUGUUAGUAACGUGUACUUACCCAAGUAUCAUUGCCCCCUGGCCACCACCUGCUGCCCUCCCACUGAUGAACUAUAUGGUAUAUAUAUAUAUAUUGACAUUGACCAAUUUAUAUAAAUGGAAUGAUAAA